UCCUUCUUUGCAAGACAUGUCAACACCUCAAAGAGAAGAUGUGGUCAGGAACAAUGCCCAUUCUAUUGUUUUACAGAGGGUAGGGGAUGUUUCAGACAAGCAAGAAGUGUUAGGAGAAUACAUUCUUCAGUUUGGGAAGUACAAAGGGAGGUCCUUCCGGUGGAUAGUGGAGAAUGAUAUUGGCUACACUUUGUACUUGUCCAGUAAGAUUGAUGAGGAAGAACAGGCUGGGCAGUUCAACCCAGAUGGUCAUUGCAAGGAGAGCCUCCUUUCCUUUCUUGAAUAUUCAAGAUGCUUUAAGGAAAUUGAGGAUCUCCGGCGAUAUCUUUCAGAGAGACCAGACCCAGUGCCAGUUUUGUCAGAUGAUGACAAUGUUGUUGGAUUUGGGGCACAAGUACAAGACACCUGGAGGAAGAUCUGUAAUACCAGAGCUUAUGGGUAUGCUGCCUUUAUAAUGGGGAAGAGCUGUGUUCCUGGAAGUAAAAUGUACCGCAUGCAGCAAUAUCUUUUAAAGCAGAAAAAACAGGUGACCACAGCCCCUUCUGCUACACCUUCACCCUCACCAUCAACUCCCUCUGCAACAUCCACUUCACGCCUUUCCUCUGAUUAUCCAGUAAUGGAGGAAGAUGAGGAACUGGAGAAGAUGAUGCUGAGUCUGUCUCCACCCAAAAGUCCUACACAGCAGAAGUCACCUGCAGCCACUGGGUGUCCAGUCUUGUUCACAACAAGAGGGUAUUUUCCACAGCAGUUUUGGAGGAGUAUCCUAUUACCCACAGAUUUAUCCUUUAUAACUCUUUUUCACACCUUUUUUAUUGUUUUGGCAGUGUUCUUGCCUGUUCAAAAACUUGUGUUCUUUUGUUAUACUAACUAUUGGUAAAGGUUGAACAUACCAGUGAUGAGGGUGAGUGCACUUCAUGAAUUUUAUGCUUGCUGUUUAACAUGUUUGUAUUGUCUACUCAAAGCUUUACCUGUUUUUAAAGAGUAAACUUUCAAAUUAGGAUCAAUUUGUGAUCAUUUUAAUUUUUUAAAUAAUCUGUACAACUCAAUCA